AUUGGCCAGCGCACGACCCGGAUUAUGCAAGCAGGAUAUGUCAAGUCGCUCUACGAUUCCGCAGGCGAGCUGGUCUACGAGCUCUCAGACAGUGAUCAGCUGGCGGUCCAGGAGUACACCUUGAAGUACAUCUUCGUGCUUGGGGACCUCCUCCCGCUCGUGCUCAUGCAACCGGAGGAGAUUGCGGACGUCUUCGCGCAG